AUGGCCCGCUCGCUGACCUGGCGCUGCUGCCCCUGGUGCCUGACCGAGGACGAGAAGUCGGCGGCCCGGAUCGACCAGGAAAUCAACAAGAUCCUCCUGGAGGAGAAGAAGCGGGACCGAGGGGAGCUGAAGCUGCUGCUGCUCGGCCCCGGUGAGAGCGGGAAGAGCACGUUCAUCAAGCAGAUGCGCAUCAUCCACGGGGCGGGCUACUCGGAGGAGGACCGCAAGAGCUUCCGGACCCUGGUCUACCAGAACAUCUUCGUGUCCAUGCAGACCAUGAUUGAGGCUAUGGAACGGCUGCAGAUCCCCUUCAGCUGGCCCGAGAACAAGCACCGGGCCAACCUGAUCAUGAGCCAGGACCCCUACAAGGUGACCACCUUCGAGAAGCACUACGCCGUGGCCAUGCAGUGGUUGUGGAGGGACUCCGGCAUCCGCGCCUGCUACGAGCGCCGGCGCGAUUUCCACCUGCUCGACUCGGCAGUGUACUACCUGUCAAAUCUGGACCGCAUCACGGAGGAGGGCUACAUCCCUACCUCGCAGGACGUGCUCCGCAGCCGCAUGCCCACCACCGGCAUCAACGAGUACUGCUUCUCCGUGCAGAAAACCAACCUGCGGAUCGUGGACGUCGGGGGCCAGAAGUCAGAACGCAAGAAGUGGAUCCACUGCUUCGAGAAUGUGAUCGCCCUCAUCUACCUGGCCUCGCUGAGUGAAUACGACCAGUGUCUGGAGGAAAACAACCAAGAGAACCGAAUGAAGGAGAGCCUGGCCCUGUUUGGCACCAUCCUGGAACUGCCCUGGUUCAAAAGCACUUCCGUCAUCCUCUUCCUCAACAAAACCGACAUCCUGGAGGAGAAGAUCCCCACCUCCCACCUGGCUACCUACUUCCCCAGUUUCCGGGGCCCGAAGCAGGACACGGAGGCAGCCAAGAAGUUCAUCCUGGACAUGUACACCUGCAUGUACGCCAGCUGCGUGGACGGAGCAGAUGGUGGCAGGAAGGGCUCGCGCUCCCGCCGCCUCUUCAGCCACUACACAUGCGCUACGGACACACAGAACAUCCGCAAGGUCUUCAAGGACGUGCGGGACUCAGUCCUGGCCCGCUACCUGGACGAGAUCAACCUGCUGUGACCCAGGCCCAACGCUCCGGACUCAGACCCGCGAGUUGCAGGCGGGACCUGUGGGCGGUGGGAGCGGGGUGGGCUGACGCUCAGCGAACCCAGGUGCCCCUUUCGCUCCAGCCCCAGACCCAGGUGGCAGAAGGGCCACAAGUGAGCCAGGGUGGAAGGCCGAUCGGCGCCUCCUCCUUUCUCCGCUCCUCAGCAGGACAGCCUCUGUGUCUUCCUUUCCUCGACUCACUGUAUCUCCUUGGAGAGGGAGCACAAUGGCCUUUUGAGAGGCCGGGGUGCAGGAAAAGGUGAAAAGAACAGGGGAU